AUGACAGACUUCCUAUUAAUAGUUGUCGUUGCUAUUGUGGUCUUUCUCCUUUUGAAGAAUCUUUUCUUUUCGAAGGUCUCUACUGUCGAUGUGGUCAAAGAAAUAGACACAGCAGGAAAAACGAAGGAAGAGUAUGAUGAACCAACAGUGAUCCAAGACUACACUCCAAAGAUGCUUUCAAAUUAUAACGGAUUUGAUCUCGAGAAGAUUUUUAUGGCUGUGAACGGCAAAGUUUAUGACGUGAGUUCUGGAAGGCGGUUUUAUGGACCAUCUGGCCCUUACUCGAACUUUGCUGGUCAUGAUGCUUCUAGAGGAUUGGCCAAAAACUCUUUUGAAUUAGAAGUUAUUCCAACUUGGGAUCAGCCAAUAGAUGAUCUUUCGGAUCUUACUGAAAAUGAAUGGUCGACUCUGCGCAAUUGGGAGAAUAUGUUCAAAGGAAAGUAUCCAGUCGUUGGAAAUUUGGUGAGUGAAGCAGACUAUUCCAAAAGUAAGAAUCAGGCACAUGUGAUGGAUUGA